GUGGAUACAACCAUUGUUCAGUUCCUCGGUUCUUCCCAUUUGGUCUCCACUGUUGCUUUUGGAUCCGGAGAACAUCCCAGAGCGGUGAACACGACCUGUUUCAAAGAUUGUGCCUAAAAAUAGCUGGAGGAAGGGGACUGUUUAUCUUAAAGUCACACCGAUAUCCUUAUCUGAAUUUACAUAACAAACAUGUCCCACAUCGAAGAGAAUCCUUUUGGAUGCAGUGUAUGUAAGGUUUUUAAAAAGAAGAAAUGCACUCACGAAAAACGGUUUGCAGGGGAAAAACCGUAUGACUGUAAAGUGUGUGGAAAAGAUUUCUCCCACAAAGGGGAUCUGACACGGCACCUGAGAAUUCACACAGGGGAAAAACCUUAUCGUUGCAUGACAUGUGAUAAGUCAUUUGCUCAUAAAAGUAACCUCACGCAGCAUAUCAGGCGGCACACCGGCGAGAAACCCUUCGAGUGUUUCGACUGCGGGAAAACCUUUUCAAGAAAGGCCGGACUGACUCAGCAUAUCCGGCUACACACGGGAGAAAAUCCCUUCGAGUGUUACUACUGCAAAAAGUCAUUUCCUAGAAAGGGAAGCUUAAUCAGUCACAUAUGGCACCACAACGGAGACUGGCCCCUUAGGUGCAGUUAUUGCAACAAGGGAUUUGGGGAUCAGCACCAUUUGGUGAUUCAUGAAAGGAUUCAUACAGGUGAGAGACCCUACGCGUGUAACACAUGUAAAAAAACAUUCGCAGACAAGAGUAUCCUUGCCCGUCAUGUAAAACUUCACGAGGUUUCCGGUUUGUCUGGGGAAGAAUCUCCCUGCAACAAGAAUAAUAGAAUCACAUGCGACAUUUGCACGGAACAAACACCUUGUAAAUGCCAGGAACGUGGCAAGGAUUUCAGGGAUUGUGGAACUUUACAGCGACACAUAAAACAACACGCAGCUAUGGCUCUCCACCUAGGAAGAGCAGAGGAGGAUCACUAUAGAGCAGGAGAUUCUCAACCGCUAGAUUCGUUGAUGGUCGUCAGCAAAGGAGCGAAUUUAGAGUAUGACUUAGGACAACUUUCAAUUGAUCCCACAAAAUCGAGAGAAAUCUGCAGUCUCCAAGACAAGACCAGAACACAGAACAAUCACGGACUACAGUUGCAUAGCAAGUCUGAGUACCAAGCGUCUGGCCCAGAAACAGCAUGUACGAAAGUCGAGUCUGCGCCUUUGUGUGAUGCAACAGAGAAAGGCAUCGUCACACUUGAUGUCAAAACGGGAUGUUUGAGCAAAGAACAGUGUGACAAAAUUCUGUUCUCUUCUGGCACCGUGCGUAUAAGAAGUCCUUCAGUAUGUUGCAGUUGCACAUGCAGAACACAAAAUAGACACAUCAUAGACGAAGCGGAGACCAACGAUUACGAAUGGAAACCAGACAACAUCUGCUAUGACGAAGGGGGAAAAAGUUGGAACGCGGAAUUUGAAUAUCAAACAAGUGGCUCGAAACAAAGUGAUUUUCAGAUCACUCCGGUUGAUAACGACGGGCAGUUGGAAUCUUCCAUUUUUAAUUACCCCGAUGGGUAUCAUGGAAAAAAAGAAAAUGAGGCCUACAUUAAAGAGGAGUUAGAGUAUUUUGAAAUCGCCGACCAAAGUUUUUAAAACAGAUAAAAUACUUUUUUUGUGAAUGCACAUGUUUGUUUGUCUUUGUGUAUAUUUUCAUGUUCCUAGUAGUAUUUCUAGACUUCUGGUGGUCAUUAAACUAAUGUUAUCUUAUGACUAAAAUAUCCGAUAAUAUUUUACCUUAAAUGAGUGAUGUAAAUAAGUAUUCUAUACUGCUUUAAUAGGAUUAUUAUAUAUAAUUCCCUUUAUUUCACUGAAGUGAUAUCAUUUUAUGUAUUUCGUGUAUCGCAUUCACGUUUGGGCAAAAGUAGUUCUGUAAAAAUGAAGUCAAUGAUUGGU